AUGGAGGGCAGAACAGGGCGUGUGGCAGUCGAAGAACUGCAAGGCCUUCUGCAGCGGCUCUUCCAUGCCAGUGACAACGCGACCAAGGCCCACAUUGAGGGGGUGUUGAAGGGGCUCCGCGAGGCCGACGGGGCGUGGCGCGAGGCCGAAUUGUGGAUGAGGAGCAGCGGGGACGCCUAUGUGCAGUGGUUUGGGGCGGCAGUGCUGGAGGAGACUCUCCGGCCCCACCGCUGGGCUCGCGUGAGCAGCGCCGACCGCGUCUCUGCUCGGGAGUUCAUCUUCUCCUUCCUGCGCGCCCACUACUCCGCUCUGCCGGGGUUCGUGGGCACCAAGCUGGCCAAGGUGGCCGUGGCCGUGGGGAAGGCGGACUACCCGCACCACUUCCCCGAGUUCUUUGCCUAUUUGCUCGCCCUCGCUCGGGACAACUCCACGCGGGUGCUGGGGCUGAGCAUGAUCACGAUCGCCUGUGACGAGUUUGCAGACACGCGCGGACAGACCUCGGCCACCCGCCGCAAAGAGCUCAAGCAGCUCUUCCAGCAGCAAAUGCCGGUCAUCUCCGGCGAGUGGAAGGAGCAGUUGAAGCGGGUGUCGCGGGAGUACCUCCGGGAAGUGAAGGCCGAGCUACCGGACAACGCACCGCCUCUCGUCAAGGCCUUCCUCGGGUCCGUGCGGUACCAGGGCACCUUGGACAGGGCCGCCCAGACUGUUGUCAGCACCAUCCUAGAGGGCAUCAGCCAGGCGGUGGGCUGGCUUUCGCCCAGUGACGUGCUUGGUAGCGGUCUCUUCGACGCCGUGCUGCCUCUCACCAUGCUCCAGGACGAAACGGGAGCUCAGGCGGUCGGAUUGUUGGGUGAUCUCUUGGAGCGGAACUACGUGCCGUCGGAUUUCCAGGCCUACAUGGGGGUGCUCUUCCAGCAGACCUUUACCCUGCUCCACCUGCUGGCCGGGCUUCCACCAUCGGCCGACCUGCCAAGCGCAUACGUUGCCAAGUGCAACCACUUCUUCUGGCAGUUCAGCAGCAACUACUUUGGCCGCAUACAGGUACGUUUUUUUCCCGCAUUUGGCUCAUCGUCAUCAUCGGCGGCGGCGGCGGCGGCGGCGUCGUCGUCGUCCGUAUCUACUCGACGGCAGAAGAGCGACGCCUUCCCGGCGGUGGAGUUUCUGUCGCUGGUCUACCGAUACACGUUCUCGCAGCGCACUGCUGCUGGCUUUGUGUCCUGCGUUGACAUCUGGUCCGUCAUCCUCGACGCUUUCGGGGAACCUGGCCAAGCUGCCGAUGCUGCCACCGACGCCAAGUUCGGGCCGGCACUGGAGAUCCUGGCGGCACAGAUAUUGCGAUCGUCUUCCUUCUGUGAAAACCUGAUCUUCCUCCAGUCUCUCGAUUCUACCGCCCGAACCGAAGAUGGAGAAACCGAGCAGGAUGCAUUCCUGCGCAAGUGCAGAGAUCUGAUCAUUCGCGCAGUCGAGUUCUUCCCCCGCCGCCUGCUGCAGUCCUUUGCCUCGUCCUUUGCCACCGCGAGCGCCAAAUUCCUGGCCAAACUCGGCGCCGACGCUCCCCCCUAUAACGAAGGAAGGAAGGAAGGAAGGAAGGAAGGAAGGAAGGAAGGAAGGAAGGAAGGAAGGAAGGAAGGAGGCGUCUGGCACGCCGGCAUGCUGCGACUUCUCAUCGUGGAACCCAUUUGCCCAGAAUGGGUCGGGCUGGCGAAGGACCUGGGCGGGCUGGCGACCAUUAUGGGAGGCCUCAACAGCCACUUCCUCUCCCAUCGGGAAACGACGGCGGGCGUGUUGGGACUCAUGAGCCAGUUCCGGGAACUGCUGGCAGCCAUCGUGCAGCGCUCCCUCCACAAGCAGGGCGCCCACUUUGCCGACCUCCUCGCACAGACCUUUGCCGCCCUGGCCGCCCUCAUGCCCUGGGUCUCGUUGCUCACCACGCGAGUGCCAUGCCGUGCGACCGUCUCCUCCACGUGGCAGGUGGAGGUGCAGAUUGGGACCCAUUUGGACACAGACAGCGAGCAGAGCCAGCUGGCCAGGCGUCAGGCCGUGCUGCAGACGCUCGCGCCCUCCCUCGACGUCGUCGCUGGCCUCCUGUCCGUGGGGUACUCACACUCACCUCUCUUGCUGGGCGGCGGCGGCGGUGGCGGCGUUGGUGGCGGUGCGGCUCCGAAGGCCAGCGAGCCAGAUGUGGAAGCCGCGUUGGAGUUCUUCGAGUCGGUGAGCCUGGCGGUGCGGGUCCCGCAGCUGGGCCAGAUACCCGGCGUGCAGUGGCUCAUGGCCAACGUGCGCUCUGUGACCGACCCGCUCAGUCCGCCCCUGCACUCCCGCCUCUACACCGCCCUCGCCUGCAUUCUGCUCCUCCCCUACAAGCUGCCCUCGAGCACGCUCCCGCUCAAGGCCAAACAGGACGAGCAGCACUGGGGCGAACGCACGGCGGCGUUCGAGGCACUGGUGAAGCCGCUGGCCGAGCCGCUGGCGCAGGCGGGCGGUGAUGCGCAGCAGCUGUCCCGCUCCGAUUCGGCGGGCCGCGUGAGCAAGGCGCUCCGGGCGUUGACGGGCAUCGCGACGCGCGUGGGCGAGCGAGGCGGGAAGGAGUCGAAGCAGAUUCUGGUGCGCGGGCUCGAGGGAGCCAUCCGCCUGGGGGUGCCACUGCUGCGUGCCUAUCUCCCGCACCGCCAGAUGGCGGUCGUGGAGGCCAUCACGCAACUCUUCAUCGCCCUCUUCGACGCCUUCAAGGCCCAUCUGGGCCUCUCCUUCAUCCAGGAAACCAUGAUGGCGUUCAUCGGGGUGCUGGGCGGCGAGAUGGAGCAGUUGCGUUCAACCUUCACUAGCGCCGACGCAGCCGCUGCAGCUGUAUCGGGCCGUUUCCUGCAGCUCAUCCUGCACAUCGUGCGCGACGCUUCACCUCAGCUCCACGGCCUGGUGUCCGACAUCCGGCAGCUCCUCUUCGCGCUGCCGCACAGCCAGCUUCACGAGGAGGUCGCCGGGCAAUACUACGAGGUCGUGUAUGAGCUGGUGCUCAAGCACUGGAACACGACGGACAGCAGCAAGGGCCAGUCCGUGCUCGUGCCUUCCAUCCAGACGUUUUGCGAGGCCCUGGGUGCCCAGCAGGGUGCGGGCAUGGACGUGACGGUGGUGGUGCAGAUCCUGAAGUGGCUGCGCGACUUGGGCAAGCGAGUGAAGCUCUUCGAGCGCCCCGAGUUCGUCCAGAGCGGCCUACGGUGGCGCCUCACGGGCCUUCUGCUGAAUCUGGCCGCAGCCGUGACAGACGGUGCGGCCGCCCUCGCCGAGGAAGCCGGAGACGUCCUGUAUGACGUGGCCCUGGUGGACUUUGGCAGCUUCUUCCGCGAGGUGUUGCCCGCGUGGAUCGACCAGCGGCCCGGACUCUCCAUCGACCAGAAGCGCCACCUGCUGGCCCUCUUUCCGCCCGACACCGACAUGACCUCCUUCCUCACGCACCUGCGCGACGUCGCCAGCGACAUCGCCUUCUUCCACCUCCUCAACUCUCCGCCGCCGACGCAGGGCCUGCUCGUGGCCACCACCACCUCCACCACCGCCUCCUCCUCCUCCUAG